AAGCCGGUGGGAUACAACCAGAAGACAAUCAAUAUAGUGAUUGUUUUUUUAGCAUUCAUUUAGUUUCUGGUUUGAUUGCUGUCCAAGUAUCUGCCAAGGAGAGCUUGCUGAGAUGCACAAUCAAGUGAUUCAGUACUUUGAGUGGCUGUUUAUAAAGCUGCAUUCUGUGAAGGAUUUCAUCGAGUUAACGAUUGGGGCAACUUUCUAUUUCUUCGAAGCUUUUGUUCGGCUGCUGCUCCAGCCAGCCAGGAAAGACGUGGAGGGUGAGAUUGUCCUGAUAACUGGAGCAGCGCAGGGUAUCGGCAAACUGAUCGCGGAAGAACUGGGACGGCUCGGAGUCACCUUGGUCCUUUGGGACGUGAACUGGGAAGCCCUUGAUAAAACCGCCAAGGAGUUGAGACGUAUGUUAGAUGUGCGUGUCUAUGCCUAUGCCUGCGACUGCAGCCGACGCACGGAGGUGUACAAAGUUGCGGAUUUGGUUAAGCGAGAGGUUGGGGACGUUUCCAUUCUGGUAAACAACGCUGGAGUGGUCACAGGGAAGUAUACAUUUACAGAAGCUCCAGACAACCUCGUGGACCGUACACUGAGGGUCAAUGCAGCUGCCCACUUUUGGACAUACAAAGCUUUUUUGCCAGCCAUGAUAGCACGCGACCAUGGCCACCUUGUGUGUGUAGCCUGCCACGGAGGACUCUUUGCGAUGAACGGCUUAGCAGAUUACUGUGCUAGCAAGUUUGCUGCCGUUGGCUUUGCUGAAUCCAUAGCUCUGGAGCUUCUUGUCCUUAAAAGGGAGGGAAUUAAAACCACAAUUGUCUGUCCUUACUUGAUCAACACAACCAUGUUUGGAGGAUGCCAGACAAAAUGGCCAUCAUUCUUGCCAAUAAUAGACCAGAAGGAUGCUGCAAAGAGGAUUGUGGAUGCUAUUCUGUGUGAGCAGAUGUUCUUACUGCUACCCUCCAGUCUGUAUCUUCUGAUGGCGCUGAAAAGUUUCAUGCCAGCCAAGCUGGGCAUCAUCUUUGUCAACUUCUUCGGUGGGCUGGACCUGAUGGACCGGUUCAGAGGCAUCCCGGUGCCCACGGUGUCCUACAAGAGGCCACAGCGGCAGAGGGAAAACAGCGUGCUUGGGGAGACAUAGAAUACACUGCAUGAUCACAGCUAAACGGCAAAUCAAUUAAGGGUUUUGGAUUAUUGUCAGUACCAUUUUGUGUUACUAGGAUAUAAUUUAAAGGUUAUUAAAGUAAACGCGAAUAUUAUGAGGUAAGAAAACGAUUUUUUGAAGUGCAAUUUAACUGCUUGCUGGUGUGAGGUAGAUGUACUGAAAUGUAAAAAAAAUGCUAAAUUUCCAAUAAAGAUCAUUAACUUUUUUCAGUAAAGUUAA